ACUUCCUUCCCCUCUUCUGAGGUAGCAGUGUGUGUGACGACAGCGCCUCUACACAGCCCCCCCUGCCCGCGCGGAGCAGCAGAGCUGACCUCCCUGCCUCGAAGCAUGAAGUGCGAAGCCCUGUUUCUGGCCACCUUUCUUCUGAAUAUCGGCAGCACCGCGGCGUUUGAUGCGAUGAAUAUCUGCUACAUUUUGGACGGGAUCCUGUUCGUGUACGGCAUCGUCUUGACUGUGCUGUACUGCAGACUGAAGUUGGCGUCCAGAGUGAAUGGAGGUCUUUCUCAGAAAAAACCCCAAGAAGAAGGCAUCUACACUGGAUUAACUCCUCACGCCCAGGACACCUAUGAGACCAUCAGAAUGCAGAAGGGGAUGGCGUGAGGGGGGUGGGCGGAAGAAAGGGGGAGGGGUCUUUUUGACAAAGACACUCCCAUUUCACUUAUGCCCCACCCUUUCCCGCUGGUUCUAAAUGGGCAUCAGUUUCUGUAGCAUGAACCAAACCCCGUAUUACAAUUUGUUCACAUGUGACAACAUUGUUUCUGCAUAUGUGUGUGUGUGUGUGUGUGUGUGUGUGUGUGUGUGUGUGUGUGUGAGAGAGAGAUAAAUGAGUGAGGGGUGCUGCUUGUGUGUUUUUGAGAGGUGUGUGUGUGAGUGUGUG